UGUGUCACUGACCAAUCAACAGGCAGCAGCGGUCAGUGACGUUUGAGCAUGCGCCGGAAGUGUGGAGGAGCGCUCGGGCUCGGCAUGACUUUCUGUCAGGAGCUGCAGGCCGCGAGUCGAUCAGGCAGAAUGCGGUUUUUAGAGGCAUAACAGCGAAUUUCUCUCAUGACAAGACCGCGCAGCUCGGCUUGAGGCCGCUGGAUGGAGAAACAGCAAAUAUGGCGAGUUAACCGGGUCGAGCAGGAGCGGAGCGAGUGUGUGAGCGUGUGAUUUUGUGUGUGAGGUCAUCGGCUGCAAUGAUGCAACAGAAGCGCAACAUUCAGAUCAUCGAAUGGGAGGAUCUGGACAAGAGGAAGUUCUACUCUCUGGGCGUCUUCAUGACCAUGACCACACGGGCCACCGUCUACCCGUUCACCCUGAUCCGCACCAGACUGCAGGUCCAGAAGGGGAAGUCGCUCUAUAACGGCACCUUUGACGCCUUCUGGAAGAUUCUGAAGGCCGAGGGGGCGCGUGGCCUUUACCGAGGGUUCAUGGUCAACUCGCUCACGCUGAUCUCAGGUCAGGCCUACAUCACUACCUACGAGCUGGUGAGGAAAUACGUGUCCUGUUACUCGUCCAAUAACACGGUCAAGUCUCUGGUGGCGGGCGGCGCGGCCUCGCUGGUGGCCCAGAGCAUAACGGUGCCCAUCGACGUGGUGUCCCAGCAGCUGAUGGUGCAGGGUCAGGGGUGUCAGCUCACACGCUUCAAACUCAAGCCCAAGAUGGUGAUGGCCACGUCCAAACACAAAGUAACGUUUGGCCAGACCAGAGACAUUGUGGUGCAGAUUUUCCACGCGGAUGGAUUCCGGGGCUUUUAUCGUGGAUAUGUGGCGUCGCUCCUCACCUACAUACCCAACAGCGCCAUCUGGUGGCCGUUUUAUCACUUUUAUGGAGAGCAGCUCUCCAGACUGGCUCCAGCGGACUGUCCGCACCUCCUCCUGCAGGCCGUGGCGGGACCGAUGGCUGCAGCUACAGCCUCCACCCUCACAAACCCCAUGGAUGUGGUCCGAGCCCGAGUACAGGUCGAAGGUCGUUCGUCUGUGAUGGAGACGUUUAAGCAGCUCCUGGCUGAAGAGGGCAUGUGGGGUCUCUCCAAGGGUUUGUCUGCACGCAUCAUUUCCUCCAUGCCCACGUCAGUCAUGAUUGUCAUCGGGUACGAGACACUAAAGAGACUCAGUCUGCGGCCUGAACUGGUGGACAGCAGACACUGGUGAAAACGCACAUACCUCAGCCUUUUAAACUGUUGCCUUUUAUUAUUUUCACGUUUUAUGAGGACCAGGCAAUAAUCGGCGCUCAAAUGUGAAGCUAUAUUUCCUCUCUCCCUUUUUUGUGGAUUUUGUAUAUUUUGUAACCUGUGAACUCAGUUGAGCGCAUCCGGCCCAAACUAGUAUUUUGUAAUGAGACAUCAUGGAACACCUUACUUGUGCUUUUCGCCUGGAAUGUGUUUGUUUAUCAGAGGUUUUGAAGUGAAAAUCAUUUUGAAAUGGUGACUUUGACACUUUCUUCUGAGUCUCAUGCAGUGCUCUUCACUUCAUCUGACAGGAAGUGAGAUCAUCACAUCUGUUACAUUGAUGGGAAGAAUGAGAACAUGUAUGGCUUUUCACACUUGAAACCCUGGGUCGUUUUUAACCCUAGCAAAUAGUCAGUAUUGUCUUAUUUACAAGGUUAUUAAUAUUGUUUGUAUAAGAGCUCUCAGUCUUCUGAAACACUAAAUAUUGUCUAAUUUAAUGUUCCAGUUUAAGUGUUGAUCUCAUGUGUAAGAGUUUUGUGACUUUUCACAUGAAUAUUGAACCUCAUGUCUCUGUGCUCAUGAAUAUUUAAUGAGGCAAUAACUGACUAAACAUUUAACUAGCAUUUCCAUGGUCAUGAAAAUCUGGAAAUAUCAGUGCAUAUUAAAAGUAAUAAGGCAAUUCAUUUUUAAAUUCAGACUUGGAAAACAAAUUUACUAAUUAUAUAUUAAGCUCAGCUCUUAAAUAUUGAAAUAGGCUGAAAUUAUUGAUAAAAUCUUUUAUCUGUUGAUCAAAAAAAAACAACAACUGUAAAAACAUGUAAAUUAAUUUUAAAAGUGGUCUUUACCCAGGGUUAAACGUUACGUGAAAAGCCUUGUGAGAAAAAUGAGUCAUGUUCUCUUGAAUGAUAUUUCAGUCUGAUUGAAUCUUCUUUGAAUUGUCAUAUUUUGUGUUUGUUUUAUGCCUUGUCUUUAACAGUCAGCAAUUUUGGGGCCAAAGCUUUUACAGUUUAAAUGCUUUAUAAAUGUGCUUCAUGUUUUAAAAAUAACUGCCGUAGUCGUUUUUGUCUAUAAGAUUGUUUCUAACUGAUCCUUUGUGUCUCAAUGGAGAGUGAAUUAAAUGAGAAUGAAACACUUUGUGAUUU